AUGUGGCUUCGUGACGAAAGAUGUGAGGAGGUUGUCAAGGCUACUUGGGGCCAUGUACAAGAGGUUACUAUGGACAGUGUGCGGGGUAAUUUGGAGAAGGUGAGUGUUGGUUUAUCCCAGUGGGAUAGGACCACGUUUGGCCACGUCCAGCAGUUAAUCCGAACUAAGUUGAGUGAGGUCCGGCGUCUGGAUGGUCAGGAUGUGCUCUCGACCGAAGACAACUGUGUUCGUAGGAAUUUAUGCUGUGAGAUUGAUGAACUCCUUGAGCGGGAUGAGGCUUUAUGGUGCCAACGAGCACGGGCCAAUUGGUUAAAGGAGGGAGAUCGCAACACCUCUUUUUUCCAUUCCAAAGCUUCCCAACGGCAUAAGAAGAAGAGGAUUAAUGGGCUUGAAAAUGAUGAGGGUGAAUGGUGCACUAAGCCUGAGGAGCUGGAGAAGAUUUCAGUGGGCUUUUUUGAAGAUUUGUUUUUGUCUGAACAUCUGCAGGGUAUUGGAGAUGUUUUGGAUAAAAUUCACAUGGUUGUUUCUCCAGCGAUGAAUGCGGAACUAGCUCGAGUUUACAGAGCAAAGGAGGGUAUUGGAGAUGUUUUGGAUAAAAUUCACAUGGCUGUUUCUCCAGCGAUGAAUGCGGAACUAGCUCGAGUUUACAGAGCAAAGGAGGUCACGCAGGCAGUCUUGGGGAUCCUUAAUGAUCGGAAAGGGGUGACGACAGUGAAUGACACCUUUCUUGUGCUAAUUCCGAAAGUGAAAAAUCCUAAACGAAUGUCUCAAUUCCGGCCAAUUAGCCUUUGUAAUGUGGCCUACAAGAUUGGUCUGUCAUCUUUAAUCACUCGGGCUGAAGAAGAGCGACACUUCACUGGUGUGGCUGUGUGUAGAGGAUGUCCGCAUGUAUCCCAUCUUUUCUUUGCGGAUGACAGCUUGAUUUUUGGGGUGGCAACUGUGCAAGAAUUAACUGUGGUUAAAGAUAUUUUGGGAAAAUAUGAGUUAGCAUCAGGCCAAAAAAUCAAUCUUGAAAAAUCGGCUAUUUGUUUUAGCAAGAAUGUUGCGGUGGAUACUCAAGAGGUGUUGCGGACGGAUAUGGGGGUUGGUACUAUGGUGGAAUCUGGGAAAUAUCUUGGCAUGCCAUAUAUUGUUGGUAGAUCCAAACGUGAGAUGUUUAACUAUGUUAAAGACAGAGUGUGGAAAAGGCUAAAUGGGUGGAAAGAAAAAUAUUUAUCGGCAGCUGGUCGAGAAGUCUUGAUAAAAUCGGUUGCUCAAUCUAUUCCCACGUACAUUAUGUCAUGUUUCCAACUGCCAGAUGGGCUUUGUGGAGAGAUUGACUCUAUGGUGAGUAAUUAUUGGUGGGGACAGCGGGAGAAUAAACGAAAAAUCCAUUGGAAAAGUUGGCGAGCUCUUUGUGAUCCCAAAUGGAUGGGUGGAAUGGGGUUUCGAUGUUUAAAAGCUUUCAACACAGCUAUGUUGGCCAAACAAGGGUGGAGAUUGAUGUCGUCGCCGGACUCAUUGCUGGCCAAAAUUUUGAAGGCCAAGUAUUAUCCUACUGCAAUUUUUUUUCAAGCUGGCGUUGGGUCGAAUCCCUCAUUCACGUGGCGGGGUAUUAUUAAUGCUAGGCCGCUAUUAGAAGCAGGAGUAAGGACAGGAGAUGUUGGAAUUCACAGCUCCUACAUGAGAAUUUUAUGGCAAUGGACGUGGAAGCCAUUCAGAAAAUCCCUCUCUGCUGUCAAGAUGAGUCUUAGCUUACGGAAGGGGAAAGGGUCUGGGUCCGAGGGGCAACAUGCUACCUGGUUUUGGAAGCGGGUCUGGCACCUUCGGAUUCCCAAUAAGAUCAAGGUCUUUGCAUGGAAGUGCUGCUCCAAUAUUCUACCAAUAAAAUCUAUACUUCGGCAUUGGCAUUUGAUAUCGGACGCUACAUGUACUGGCUGUGGUGAUGGGCCAGAAACAUUAAUGCAUUGUUUUGGCUGUCCGAUGGCGCAGGAGGUGUGGCAUCACAGCCCGCUGAUGUUUGUGUUAGAUAAGGGAGUUGGUCUUGAUUUUAUGAGUUGGGCAUAUGAAAUUGGGCGGAGUUCUGAUGCAGAUACAUUGGGGUUGUUUUUUGCCAUUUGCUGGGGUAUGUGGUCUUCUCGGAAUGCAGCCAUAUUCAAUAGUAUUGAGCGAUCGGCGGUUUCAACUAUUCAGAUGGUAAGUGGAUUGCUGUAA